AUGAUAUCAUCAGUCCUUCGUACAAUGUCUACUUCAUCACUUAAGCCAAUCACUCUUUAUUCAAAGAAUACACCAAAUGUUGCCAAGGUUUAUAUAUUCUUGGAGUUGUUAGGUCUGCCUUAUGAGAAGGUCGAUAUGGACUUGGCCAAUGGUGAUCAGUUCAAGGAGGAAUUCGUAAAGAUCAAUCCAAACAGCAAGAUCCCCGCUAUCAAGGACCCCAAUGUACCAGAGGGUAAGAGUCCCAUUGUCCUAUUCGAGAGUGGUAACAUCCUCAUCUACCUUGCCAAGACCUACGGCAAGGGCAAGUAUCUCCCCAACGAGGUCACUCACACUCAAGAGCACUACGAUGUCCUCGGAUGGGUAUUCUUCCAAAUGUCAUCACUCGGACCAAACAUGGGACAGUAUGGACAUUACACAAGAUAUGCUGAGGAGAGACAUGAGUACCCAAUCAAGAGACAUUAUAAUGAGGUUCGCAGAUUGUUCCAUGUGAUUGAGCGUCAGCUUGAGAAGCAUGCUUAUGUUGCUGGCGAUGAGUUGUCGAUCGCUGAUCUGGCCAUCUAUCCAUGGAGCAAGAACAUCAUAUUGUUGCAAGAGGUCACUGAGAAGGACUAUCCAAAGUUAUUCGACUAUCACAACAGAAUGGCUCAGUUGGAUGCCGUCAAGGCCUACAAGGUCUACGAUGAUGAGCAGAACCUCAAGAGACCAACAUCAUACACCGCUGAGCAGCGUAAGACAUUGUUUGGUCGUGAUCGU